UGUGUGGACCGGGUCAGCCAUGGUGGCACCUUUCUUCGCUGGGGCGUGAUCAAAUCACGAUCAGUAUUACGAUAGAAUCGUUCCAAGCAGGGUGCAAACAGUUUUCCACCCCCUCCGCAGUUUUUGCUCGAUCCGUUAGUGUGUUGAGGUUGUUGAGACUGUUUCGGGAGUAAAUUUCUGUUUUGGCACGGUGUAGAUUUCCGAUUCCGACACCACACCAGUGGGUGGAAAACCGUGUCUCGGUUAGUGCUGGUAUUCAACAGGCGGAUUAAUACCUGUGUGAUCGCGGUUGACGACGGAUCAUCUUGCAAACGCGGACGCGACCUUACACUCUACUUGCGAACGAAACACUCGACUAGAACAGAUAUUCAAAAUGUUCAAGAACCAUCUUGCUAUGAUUGGCAUGAAUGAGACGCCAAACAAAAAGGCCAAGUUUUGGCAGUCAUACAUCAGAUCCUUGAAGGGAUCCGAUGAUAUUCGUGCACACGACACACCGGCCUACCGGCGACCGAUCCUGCUGUUCGACGAACCGGACACUGCCGUCGGUCGCAUCAACUCGCCCGGCUACCACUACUUGCCGGUGCACCGGGAAACCUACGGCUACUCGCCCCGGCCAAUCUACGACCAUCACUACACGCGUUCGCAGAGAGCACCAAGCGUAAACAGACUGGCCGAUGCCGAGAAAGCCUGGGCUGACCAUUUGGAGCGGAUGCGGGAAAUCGACCGCAGAUAUCCAUCGCGCUACGGACUGUACCUCAAGGACAAACCAAGCCAGGUAGUGUUUCCGCAGGAGAUGGAGUACGAACCGGAGACGAAGCCGCUCUACUCGACGCUGCACUAAGCGACGGAAAGCGACGACGCUAAACAGCUUACUGAACUCUCCCGAAUACUGCUUCCAUCCUGACAAUGUUCCAUAUCCUUCCAGCUCCCGUAAGACUAUCAAUAGUCAAUCAAAUAUCAAUGUUCCCGUUGCCCCCAACAUCCGCCCACCACACGCACGCACCGCAGAUACACCGUAAGGCGAACGCUACCACUGCACCUGGAUGAAUAUGUAAAGCAGGCCCGUGUAUCAAGCGAACAAUGUUGACGGUACGGUAAUCCGGGGCUCCUUCCCCGUGUACCAGACAGAGUAGCUGGCAGAGUGGGGCGUGGCGUGUACUCCUUUCAAAGUAUUCAGUCCCACCAAUGCCCCAAAAAAAAAAAAGCGAAGUCCACCAUCACCCCAUACCCAAAAACAGCACACAAGAGAGAAUUUAUUAAAAAUCUCAAUCAUGCGUAAUCACUAACAGUUAUUGAUGAUAAUGUUUGAACGACGGAAGGACGAACGCUAUUGUGUAUUAUUUUCUGUGCCUUUCUUUUUUAUUUCUCUUUUGCAUAAACGAUUUCUAAAUAUCCCAUCUAGAGACAAAAAAUGUUAAAAAUGAAACCAAAAAAAAAAACAACAAGAUGUAUGAAUAAACUAAAUGUAAAAGCGUAAGAGAAGCGCCUUCCCACAUAAAGAAACAAAAACGAUAGAAAGAGAGAGAGAGAGUGAGAGAGAAAAUCGAGAAAAAAGAACAGUAUCAGAAUUGAAGGUAUUAUUGUUAGCAGCAGGUUGAACGUUGAAGCAGAUGUAACAGGUAGAUCAGACAUUUUCACUCUACUCAUACACACACACACACACAAACACUCGCACAGACAAAGAUUUUUAUACAGACAUAGUCACACAUACACACAUAGAGACACAGAAACACAUGUACUCAAGUUAUCUUAUAAAUGGCCACCUUCAACGUUUCAAGAUGGCCUCCGUUUCAAGAUGGGUUGAGGAUCAGGUUCGAGGGUUCAUCACCACAUGCCGCCUCUAUAAUUACUUAAUCACACAAACACAUAGUAAAAAAAACAGCAAUAAUAGAGAGAAAGAGAGAGAGAGAGGAGGAGGAGAGUGAAAGAAAGAGAGAGCAGUUGAAUAUUAGCAAUUUUUACAUAACCUCUAAACGUCGUUAUAACCCUACCAACCAACUACCGUCAACAGCCCCGUCAAGCCACCCUUCAUCACGCUAUCGUCCCGUUUCGUUCCCCAUCCGCCACACCGGACCAUAGCCCGGGAAAUUGGCCCGGUGUGAUGCGAGCGCCCUCUAGCGUGAGCGAGAGAGAUCGUGUUGGGAUCGUAUUGGCACGAUACGAAUCUGUAUGUGUGUGCGUGUGUGUCCAGUGUACGUGGGCGUGUGUGUGUUUGAAUGUGUGUAAGGCUUUCGCGCAAAAGGUUAAUAAUAUGACACUGCAAAGAGCAUGUAUUAUGUUAACAAAAACAGAAAAAGCAAAAUGGAAAACAUAACAAACACAACAAAACAAUUUGCAAAAUAAAACAACAACAACAACAACAACAGCUACACACAGACGUACUAGGUUAUGAGGGGAGGAAGAAGGGGGAGGAAGUGGGGGAGAGGUUGAAGGAAAAUAAAAAGGGCUAUGUGGUGAUGGCUCUUGAAAGAAGCGUUAUAAUAACAAUUGUCGAGAUAAAAUCUAAAAAAAAGCACAAAAAACUACACGAAAAGAUAAUUUCAAAUAAAAUGGAUCUGAAAAUGAACCAAACCAAAAAAAAAAAAA